UAAUUUUGUGUUGAAUUAAAGACGAAAUAAGAAGAAAAUAAAGGCAAACUUUAUGCCGAUUGUUAUUAUAAUAUUCACUACAAGCUUGCAUUCGAAUGUAGAGAGAGAUCCUUAAAUAAACCCGUGUCCCGUGAACGUAUUAGUGGACAAAUAGAUGUAUGAUAUUUGAAAUAAACUUGACGUUUCUUUGUAGGUAUUUAGUUAGUCCGUCUAAUUUAUGUACGAUUUCGCGACAAUUACGGGCGUAUUCUUGAAACGAUUCAAUUGAUUUAUCUCCACGCUUCUAUGUACGUCUGAUACGAUCCAUAAAUUUGCUACGCUUUGCGAUUUAUUUGAUUUAAUAGGAAGAAGAUAAAACGUACAACUAUUUGAAAGAAUUGUAAAAAGAAAGGAAAAAGAGAAAAUAUGAAACGCAAAAAAUUGAGAUAAAUUCCUUACACAACUGAAAAAUGUCCUAUAAGGAUUUACAGAAGAAGUAGAAAAAUAAAAGUAUUUUAGAUCGCGCUGUUAAAGAAAGGUGGUUUCCUUCUUAUCUUAGCCGGUGCGACACGUAAUGAGGGGUUUGUUACGCUAUACAGCGUUGCAUUUAUUGUCAUCGUUAUUACUGCCCGUCAAAACAUUUGUAUUGAUUGCUUUUUUAAUAAUAAUUUUCACCUAUUUUACCUCGCUGAUACAAGCAGAAGUCUUUACCUUGGGCUAUUUAACUGGUUCACAAAGAAGUCCUGGUAAUUUGGAUUAUCAAAAACCGGAUUUAGGUCAUUCUUUGGAUUUUUUGGUAGCCGAAACUUAUGGUGAUGAGGUUAACAGCAUACGUCAGACGGCUUCGCUAUGGACCGAGCAAGCGGUGGCUUAUAUAGGACCACAAGAGACUUGUGUACACGAGGGACGUAUGGCUGCCGCAUUUAAUUUACCUAUGAUUUCAUAUUAUUGCACACAUCGUGACACUUCUAAUAAAAGAGAUUUUCCUACUUUCGCCCGUACUCGUCCGCCAGAUACCCAAAUCUCCAAGUCUGUGGUGUCCUUAUUAUUAGCUUUCAACUGGACACAGAUAACAUUUCUAUAUCUGAAUCAUGCAGACAGUCUAUAUCAGCCGGUAGCCGACACCAUUUUAACCAUAUUAAACAGCGCAGGCAUUGUCAUACGCGACGUUAAAACUUGGCAAGCAAUUUAUCAUCACGGCUUUAAGGUUAAUCCCUUUGAUGAAUUAGUUGAGUAUACUUACACUAAUACCAGAAUUUAUCUUAUCCUCGGCCAUUAUUACGAACAUGUGGGCUUAAUGGUGAGUUUACAACGUAAGGGUCUCUUAGCCAGAGGUGAUUAUUUUGUCGUAGGUAUUGAUAUCGAGCAAUACGAUCCAUCAUCGCCUGACAAAUAUUUAAGAGGCUUACUGUUGGAGAGAUCAGAUAAAUUGGCAGAGAUUGCCUUUCAAUCCUAUUUAGGUAUAUAUCCUUCGGCACCGGUCUCGUUUGCCCAAUUCGCUAAAGAGGUUAACAAAUAUAUGGAACAACCACCGUUCAAUUUUCCCAAUCCGCUGGGAUUUUUUGGAGGCACCAAAAAGAUAAGCGCCGAAGCAGCAUAUUUAUAUGAUGCCGUUCAUUUGUAUGCCGAUGCCUUGAUAAAGGUACUUAAAGCAGGUGGUGAUGCUAGGAAUGGCACCGCCAUAAUUGAGGCUAUCAAAGGCGUCAAAUAUUUAAGUGCUAUGGGUUAUCAUGUGUAUAUUGAUGAGAAUGGAGACGCAGCUGGUAAUUAUACAGUAUUAGCUCGUGGCUUAGCACGUAAUCGUAGAAAUAAAACAGUUCCUGGUCUUGUGCCAGUGGGUACAUUUAGACAAACAUGCAGUGAUAAAUUGCCAGAUCUCAAAUUAUACGGGAAAAUAGCUUGGGCAGGUGCGGGUCGCCCUGAAGCCGAACCAAAAUGUGGAUUUACCGGCGAGAAAUGCAUUAGUUACACUGGCGAAAUAUCUGCAGGUAUUGCCGGUGGCGCUCUCCUAAUAUUAGGAAUAGUAUCAUUGGUAUUAUAUCGUAAUUGGCGUUACGAACAAGAGCUUGAUAGCCUCUUGUGGAAAAUUGACUUUCGCGAUGUACAAAUGCAUGAAAACGAAAAGGAAAAGGAAGCGAAUAAUGCACAAAAGCAAACAAGAUCCACUCAUCCCUUAAUACGUACCAGUCAAGUUAGUUUAAGUUCUAAUCCCGAUGCAGAUUUUCGUUAUACCACUAUUUUUACACCGAUUGGUUUAUAUAAGGGCCAAUUGUACGCGAUAAAAAAAGUGCGUAAAAAAUGUGUCGACAUUACGCGCGAAAUGAAAAAGGAGCUUAAAUUGUUACGCGAUACUCGUCAUGAUAAUAUUUGCGCUUUUAUUGGAGCCUGUACUGAGCCCCCCAAUAUAUGUAUUAUAACCGAAUAUUGUACCAGAGGCAGUUUAAAGGACAUACUAGAAAAUGACGAUGUGAAGCUGGAUAAUAUGUUUAUUGCGUCAAUGGUAGCCGACAUUAUAAGAGGUGUGAUUUAUUUACACGAAUCGCCUAUACGCUGCCAUGGCUCUUUAUGCACUUCGAAUUGUUUGGUUGACUCGCGCUGGGUGGUGAAAUUAAGCGAUUUCGGUUUAUUCGAUUUUAAAAAGGGCAUCGAAGACAACUCUAUCGAUUUGCAAAGUAUAGCAGUUAAGUCUAUAAAACUUUUAUACCGUGCUCCCGAGCUCUUACGCCAAGGUCCCGCUUCCUUGGUAAUGGGCACUCAAAAGGGCGAUUCUUAUUCAUUUGGUAUUGUUUUAUACGAAAUUCACGUACGACAUGGUCCUUUUGGCGAAACCGGUUUAACUCCCAUGAAAUGCUUAGAAAAAGUGCUACAUGUUCAGGACAAUUUGUAUCCGUAUCGGCCUUCAUUGCAACCUUUGGAAACAUCCUUUGAUUGUGUACGUGAAAUUUUAAAAGAGUGUUGGUCUGAACGGCCAGAGGAGAGACCGGACUUUAAAAUCAUACGUGCCAAACUGAGGCCCUUACGCAAGGGUAUGAAACCCAAUAUUUUCGAUAAUAUGAUGGCUAUGAUGGAAAAAUAUGCGAAUAAUUUGGAAGCUUUAGUAGACGAGCGUACCGAUCAAUUGCAAGAAGAGAAAAAGAAGACUGAAGCUUUGCUAUUGGAAAUGUUGCCCCGACCGGUGGCAGAGCAACUCAAAAAGGGACAUAAAGUUGAUCCCGAAAGCUAUGAACAGGUUUCAAUAUACUUUAGUGAUAUUGUGGGAUUUACUGCCAUGUCAGCGGAAAGCACUCCGCUACAAGUGGUAGAUUUCCUUAAUGAUUUGUAUACGUGCUUUGAUUCUAUUAUCGGGCACUAUGAUGUUUAUAAAGUAGAGACUAUAGGCGAUGCAUAUAUGGUCGUCUCGGGAUUACCAAUACGUAAUAAUGAUAUACAUGCUGCCGAAAUAGCUUCUAUGUCUCUCCAUUUGCUAAAUGCGGUAUCUGAAUUUAAAAUAAGGCAUCGUCCGGACAAUAAAUUACUUUUACGCAUUGGUAUCCAUACCGGUCCAGUGUGCGCUGGCGUGGUAGGUCUAAAAAUGCCACGAUAUUGUUUAUUCGGUGAUACAGUAAACACUGCCUCACGCAUGGAAUCCAAUGGAGUGCCCUUAAAAAUUCACUGCAGUCGACAAUGCAAAGAGUUGCUAGAGAAAUUGGGCGGUUACUAUUAUCAAGAACGUGGUGUUAUACCAAUGAAAGGCAAAGGUGAGCAACGAACUUAUUGGCUAUUGGGUGAAGAUGCCGAGGCACGUGAGAAACGGUCCUACGAAAGGUCGCAGCGACGCGGUUCAAAAGCCUUAAACAAAUACGUUCAAGGUACUAUUAAACAAGAGAAAGAAAAACAACACCAACAACAGCAGCGACACAACCAUCAAGGAAAUGCAAGGCACGAAGGAGAGAAGCCAGAAAAAAUAUUGGGAUGUGAACAACUAGCGCAACAACAUUUAUCGGUAGCUAAUCACUUAGGUAUACGGUCUUCUUUGAAAAAUAAAAGUUUACCACGUAAUUCUAUGACCAGAUCAUCGAGUCUAGAAUCACCAAAGAAAUUACGAUUUGCUGCUGGAAAUUUGCUGGAACAUCAUCGCUAUCACAGUGAUGAAGCCUUGCUGGAAGUGAUAACCGAUACUUAUAACAACGCUAUAAGACGAUCUUCAGCCUCUUCGACUUACUCCCGUUAUGAAGAAUCGAAUUUGUCUUGCCACAAUUGGGAAGACAUCAAUAACUGUAAACGCCAAAGACGUCCAUCAUCGUAUCCGACUGCCAAUACGCCACUCUUGCUUAAUUUAAGCGACACUUGAAUUAUGAAAACAAUUUCGAAAUAAGCUGAAAAUA